AGUAUGAGAUAGGACAAAGUUGUGUGUACUGUGUUAAACUCCGAGUACAUCUUCAAUAGUUUUUCUCAUUGUUAUAUUCAUCAUUUUUAGGGAAUUUUUCUAAUUUAUCUAUAUGUAAUAAACAAAAAAAAAUAUUAUUAUCCUGCAAAAGUGAUUUAAAUCUAAAAGAAAAAAUUAUAAUAAAAUUUAUAGUGUUUUAAUGUUAUGUGUAAUGUAUUAAAAAAAUAUUGGCUCGAAUAGAAGUUUCAUGUUCUCUCUUCAUGUGAAAGUAGUCAAAAAUAGACACAGUUUUUGAAAUCGCAAAAAAUAAAUUACAAAAAUUUAAAGUUAUUUUAAUGUUUUGUAUGACUCAUUCAAUAAGUAAAAUGUAUCAAUAUUGGAGCAUAAACUAACCAACGACACAUACCAUCAGCCAUUAUCUGUGUAAGUGUGCUUCAUUUCAAACAUUGUUCAGAUGUUAUAUAUUAAUAAAAAUAAUUAAAAAAAAAAACAAUGUAAGCUGAACGCAAAGAAGUAGAAAUCUUGGAUUAUAUGUCCCCAAAGAUCACAUCACUAUUGUUCUUUAAAAUAAAUGAAUAAGUUUAACAAUACAUUUGUGUUGAGUUGAAUAUUAUAAUCCAAAUAAAACGUGUAUAUUUUGUGAAAUAUUGAAAUAAUUCCAAACUAAGUUGUUUAAUGAACAAGAGAAACUUAAAAUUAAAAGUUCAUUUCGUUAAUUAAACAAAUAAAUAAUAAAUCUGAAAAAAUUUGAAUUGUGUGUGCGCGAAUUUUAUUAUAAAAGAAAAUGUCAACUACAAUGAGGUCAACAUUACAAACAGUUCCGGAGUCAUUACCCGCUGAUCACAUAACUAAUCCUUUGAGUACCACUGUUACUUCAACUGCAACAACGGAAAACACAGCUACGAUAAAACCAUCUCACUCUCACACUAAUACAUCUCUAAAAGGAAGGCAGUCAACGACGAAGCUUUAUUUUUUUGAGUAUAUAAAUGAAAUAUUGAAAAUAAGCAACUAUUGGCAAAUUUGUUGUACAAAACGCCAAUAAGUAUUUUAAUCGAAUUUUCGAAGAAACCCCCAAUUAAUAAAAUUCAAAUGGGACAAGCAAACAUCCAUCAAGGUAGUAGUGGCAGUGCCGAAAGCAACCGAUCAUCCAAACGUAAAAGUCGUUCAUUUAGAAUUAAAAGGCACUCAAGUAUUAGAAAAAAAGUUGCUGAUAUAAGUUUACAGGAUGGGGGAAAAAAAGCUUAUGAAAUUGUGAAAAAUGCAAAAAAUCAAAAAUAUAAUUUGCCAAUAUAUCCAUCAAAUGGUACUACAUCUGAUAAUUCUCCAUCAUUAAGUUAUGAUCGAACACAGAGGAUAAUCGAAACUUUAGAAAAUGUUCCACAAGAUUCGGGGUGCGAUUCAUCAGAUAUUACUGGACAAUCCAAAAUAAAUCAAUUCGAUAAUAGUGAUACGAACUCAUUGAAAACAAUUACUUCAAAAAACACUGAAAUUAGUAACAAUAACAAAAGUAGUGAUAAUACAAAUAAAAUAAAUGAAAAUAGUAUACCAAUGGCAGACAUUCGAACACCUUGCAGUAUAUUUGGUUCAUCAUCCAAUAAAAAUUUAAUUAGUAUGGAAAAAAACAAAACAUCAAACAAGAAAGAUAUAUACAUGGUGGCUGAAGGAUAUCACAAAACUGAUUCAUGUUAUUACAAAACACCGGAUGGUGGUUACCAUAAAUUACCUCCAGAUUCGUACCAUAAAAUGUCUGAGAUUUGUUAUAACAAAUUACCAGAUGGGAGUUUUAAGCGCUUAAUUGACGUACAAAAUGCAGAUAGUAGUAGCACUAAUGGAAAUGUCGAUGUCACAAGUGCAGGUUCUCAGAAUAAAAUGCGGAAUCAUAUGAUCAAAUUUUUGAAAAGGUCAAAGAGCCAUUCACAAGCUACAGCUAAAGAUGCAUAUCUCAACUAUCGUAAAGAUAUUCAAAGAAUCAAAGAAAAAGAAAACCAAGAACUUGAAGUGAUCAAAGAUAAUAGUGGGAGCAUUGCUUCACAUAAUUCAACAACUUCUGGAAAUAAACCCACAACAUACAAUAAUAAUAUUUCGGCUCAGCGAAAUUCAACGUGUUCCGGAAAUCGGAAAGUUGUGGUCACCAUGAUGGAGAAUGGUGGAUUGCCAAUUAUUGCAACUAGCAAAAAUAAAUCUUCGAAAAACGAAUAUAAAACACAGCAUCAAAAUUCCAUUCGUGAUAAGGAUUCACUUAAACAAGGAUCGCCGAAUACGCAGUAUCGACCAGGAGUUUCACUUCGAUGGAGACCUGGUGAUGAACAUAUAGGCAAAUACAGACUUUUAAAGACAAUCGGAAAAGGUAACUUUGCCAAGGUAAAAUUGGCAAAACAUGUACCAACCGGAAAAGAAGUCGCUAUCAAAAUUAUAGACAAAACCCAAUUGAACCCUGGGUCGCUCCAAAAACUAUUCAGAGAGGUGCGAAUCAUGAAAAUGCUUGAUCAUCCAAAUAUAGUUAAGUUGUUUCAAGUUAUUGAAACGGAUAAGACUCUUUACUUGGUAAUGGAGUAUGCUUCCGGCGGCGAAGUUUUCGAUUAUUUGGUUUUACAUGGGCGAAUGAAAGAAAAAGAAGCUCGUGCCAAAUUUCGACAAAUUGUUUCAGCUGUUCAGUACUGUCAUCAAAAAAAGAUAAUUCACAGAGACUUAAAGGCCGAGAAUUUACUAUUGGAUAGUGAGAUGAACAUCAAAAUAGCUGAUUUUGGUUUUUCCAACGAAUUUACACCUGGUUCCAAGUUAGACACAUUUUGUGGAAGCCCACCAUAUGCGGCUCCAGAACUAUUUCAAGGCAAGAAAUAUGAUGGACCUGAAGUUGACGUUUGGUCAUUGGGUGUCAUUUUAUAUACAUUAGUAAGUGGAUCACUACCAUUUGAUGGCACAACAUUGCGUGAGUUACGCGAAAGAGUACUGAGAGGAAAGUACAGAAUUCCAUUUUAUAUGUCAACAGACUGUGAAAACUUACUCCGUAAAUUCCUUGUACUGAACCCAACAAAACGUUCUAGUUUAGAAGCAAUUAUGCACGAUAAAUGGAUGAAUAUGGGAUAUGAAUUUGAAGAUGAAUUGAAACCAUACACAGAACCAAAACCUGACUUAAAAGAUCCAAAGCGGAUAGGUAAGACGGUAGAAGCUUUAGUGGCAAUGGGCUAUAACAGACAGGAGAUUGAAGAUUCACUGUCACAAGUUCGAUAUGAUGAUGUGUUCGCAACGUAUUUGCUUCUUGGAAGAAAGAGUACGGAUCCUGAAUCUGAUGGAUCUCGAUCUGGAUCAUCACUAUCACUACGAAAUAUUGCUGGAAAUGACUCGACAACAGGUGCUGGUGGUACCUCAUCAGUGCAGAGCCCAACACACAGAGGAGUCCAUCGCAGCAUUUCUGCAUCAAGCACGAAACCUAGUAGACGAGCUUCUAGUGGUGCUGAAACCCUACAAAUCUUUCAACGUUUUAUAACAGGUGUUGGACCAACAGCUGCAACUAACAGUGGCAAUAAUACAGGUACAGGAUCAGGUCAACAACCGUCUUCUGGAAGUAGCAGUGGAGCUAAUCCGACUAAUUCAAAGGUUGCAACUGGAACUACAAAUAAUGCGAAUAUUUCUGCGUUGAAUACUUCAUCAGCAGCUAGUGGAAAUGCCGCUUCUAAUAAUAACAAUAAUAAUAAUAAUAAUAAUAAUUUGAGUUCGAAUAAUCAAAAUUCGGGUGGAAUUGCAGUCUCAUCAUCGGUUGGAUCAGAUCGCUCAACAUUGAGCAGUAAUUUCAAACGUCAAAAUACGAUUGAUUCAUCUACAAUAAAAGAAAAUGCUGCUCGCAUAGCACAAAAUCAGCGACCUGCAUCUGCACAACCAAAGGCAGUUUCAUCCACUGAUACUGCUUCAAGUCCAGCAAAAUCGAGAGCAACCUCCAAAUUUAUUGAUCCGGCCAAUGGUAAUCAAACAGUAGGCCCAAGCAGUGGUGGCGGGUUGAUGCAGCGGCGGUCAACGCGGCUUUAUGAAAAAACAUUGUCAUCUGAAAAAACAAGUGUAUUACCUGCAGAAUCAAAUCUUGCAUCAACCGUAUCUGAGUUAACAAGAGGCAAUGGUGCAGGAAAUGGAAAAGGACAUGUGAAGAGUGCAUCCGUAUCUAGCCCUGGGCCAUCAGUUACAGAUAAUAGUACUAGUGCUCAACAAUCAGAUUCACUUGGAGCGAGGUACAAAAUGACACGAACCUAUAAAAAAUGCGUGAAACAUUUUAUUAUUAUUUUUAUACGUCUGUCUGAAAAAGAAAUAAUCAACAUAAUUUUCAUUAGUUUUGAGCAUAUAAUAUCUAACAAAACUAUAGUUGGGCCUCAUCUCAUGGACAAUACGCACAAAUUUACCAGUUAUGAUACAUUAUUCAAUGAUGAAACCUACACUCAGUCGAACUGAUAUUUUUAUAUAUGCUUAAAAUAUAAUUAAUUAAUUAAUACGUAUUGUUUUUUACUAAAAAUGAACAAAAACUUUAUUGAGAUUUAGAAUAGGGUCCAAAAUUUUAGAUUCAUGUUUUGGUUUUGAUUCUUCCUCCAUUUGCACGGACCACCAAACGCAAAUGUCGUAAAAACGAUUUACACGCGGCGCGCACCAUUUCGAUGGGAAUAUCGUUCCAAAUCUUGACGAUUUUCUUUUUGAAUGCAUCCAAUUUUGUGAUUUUCCUAAUUUUCAGAUCAUUUAGCUUCGAUUGCAUGUAGCCCCACACAAAAUAAUCCAAUGGAUUUAGAUCUGGAGACGAUGGCGGCCACUCAUCUUUAUCAAUAAAAUCAGACACAUUUUCUCUUAACCACUGUUGCACUUUGUUUGCUCGAUGUGCCGGUGCCCCAUCUUGCUGAAACACCCACGGUUCAUCACCAAACACAGUUUCGGCAUAUGGCAUAAAGAUUUUGCGCAAUAUUUCUUCUUCAUACACAGCUGCGUUAAUUUUAACGCCUUUUCCAACG